GGAAGGUUGCACUUGGACCGGAGAACAAGCGGUGGGCACUGGCGCCGGGGUUCGCUGCGGGUGGAGGGGCGGGGCCACGGCAUGCCGCCCGGCCUCUCACGGCUUUUCCCCAAACUUGCCGACUCUGCCCACUCGUUCACUCACCCACUCCUUUUUUCUCCGUCAGACAUGAAAGUGCCGGCAAUUGGUCGUGAAGGAUCGCAGAGGAUCGAGAAGCAAUGCAAGGCACAUCUCAUCCCAUGAGUUCGGUGUGAGUGUGACAACGUUACACAAGGUACCUACUUGUGGGCUAGAUGCUUCAGAUAAACUGAAGAGAUCUCACUCCCGCAUAAGGUGUUCUUCUCAGAAAAAGAAAUAGCG